AUGCACGGAACCCAUGCUGUGUACAAGCAUUUCCUUGUGAAACCCGGCGACGACAGCGACCACGCCACCAAGGUGUGCAUGUACUGUCGCCACAAGUUCACGGGCGGUAUGUACCGCGCUGCUCAGCACAUCACCAGCUGGAAGGGUAUGCGGCGUCGUGAAAUCCGCCUCUGCGAGGAAGCUCCCAAGACCGCGCGGGAUGGAGUGAAGUCACAGUACGAGACGAAGUCCAGGACCCGGGACCAGAAGCGCGCGGCUGAAGUCUCGGCCGUUGCUGCAGUUUCCGGUGCUUCUCGCGAGGCGAAGAAGUCUCGCAUGACCGAUUUCUACGGCGACGCGUCAGCCUGCAAGAAGAACGAUGCCGACGAGUCGAUCUGCCUCGCGUUCGCUGCUCUGCGCCUCCCCGAACACCACGCGGACCACCCUGUUUGGCACAACAUGGUCUCCUGCAUUGCGCGUGCGGGCGAAGGCUACCUCGCACCGAGGCGUCGCUACGUCGGGGGCGUCGGGCUCCAGAAAUGUCGUAAGCGCAUUGAGGCGGCGCUUGCUCCUAUCGCGGCGAGCUGGCGGCGGGAUGGCGUAACGGUGUCAAGCGACAUGAUGACUGAUCGUAACGGCCGUCCGCAAGCCAAUGUCCUUCUGAUCAACGACAGUGGCGCGGUUUUCGCUGAGACAAUCGACUCACGGAUGGAAUCGAAAACGGGAGGUUACAUCGCGGGGCUUCUCCGUCCCAUUCUCAAGAAAGUCGGACCGGAAAAUGUGGUGGCAUUUUGCAUGGACGGCGGCUCGAACUAUGCGGCGGCGUGCAGGGAGCUGAUGGAGGAUUACCCCCACAUUGAGUACAUACCUUGUGCUACCCACGUCCUCGAUCUGUUGAUGGAGGACGUGGGGAAGAUGGAUUGGGCGAAGAACCUUGUCACCCGCGGGGGAGAGAUCAUCACCUUCACGCGCAACCACCACUUCACGCGGGGGUAUUUGCGAAGCUCCGAGGUCAAGGGCGGGAAGGGCAAGCAGGUCCUGAAACCCGCGGGCACUCGCUUUGGGACGCAAUUCAUCGCUAUUUCCCGCCUUGUCGAAGUCCGUGCUGCCCUCGUGCAGAUGGUUUUAAGCGAUGAAUGGAAGGAGUGGGCAACAGGGGCAAGGAGUAAAAGCGCGGACACUUUCCGCGAGCACAUCAUGGACGAGGCUUGGUGGAAGAAGGCCGAGUUCUUCACCAAGCUCAUGGCGAAGCCAUUCGCCGUCAUGCGGGCUACGGAUGCUGCGACAAAGGGGAUGAUGGGGCGCCUCUACGACGCCAUGCUGCAGCUCACCGAGGACGUGGAUGCAAUCCUCGAGGAGCACUCCGCGGGUCACCUGACGAGGGCGGAGGUUAAGGAGAUCCGCCUCAUCGUGAAGGAUAGGUGGGAUAAGUGCUUGGCGUGCCCCUUGCAUGUGGUUGGCAGGAUCUUGAAUCCGGUCAACCAAGAGGAGGGCAUCUUCAGAAACGACAUCGAAUGCACGCGCGUGCUGAAGGGCUACAUCGCCAAGCACUACGACCACCUCACCAUCACCGCGAGCGACGGCGAGGAGCGCCGAGCCUCUCUUGUGCUGCAGGAGGAACUGACGGCGUACCUGACCCUGCAGGGGAGUUUCGGGCUGCCCACCGCCUUGGAAGACCGCGCGGCUGUGAAGGCGGGGAAGAUGACGGCCGUCCAGUGGUGGAAUUGGCACGGCACAGAUGCGCCCCACCUUGCUACGUGCGCAAUCCGCAACCUUUCGCAGCCGGUGUCCGCGUCGCCCUGUGAGCGCAAUUGGUCCAUGUGGGACGCGGUCCACACGGCAAGGCGCAACCGCCUCGGGUCCGAGAAGUGCAGGGACCUCGUAUAUGUUGUGCACAACUGGCAGGUUGUGCACAAUUGGUACAAGGUCCCUGAGGGGCAGCGGGUGGUCAAGGGCAACAUUCCUGAGGCGCCCCUUCCCGAGGGCUACAAGGUGGAGGAGGAUGGGGCGGAGGAGGAGGUUGGGGAGGAAGAGGACAUGGUUCUUGAGGAUGACGCGAGCCACGGCGGCACACCCACCGAGUACGACUGCCACCGUUACGAGCGAGACACCGCGCACUGGGCGUCACGUCACCUCGCCCCGCUGCAGUCGCCCCGCUGCAGUCGCUCCGCUGCAGUCGCUCCGCUGCAGUCGCUCCGCUGCAGUCGCCCCGCUGCAAUCGCCGCGCAGACACGCCUCGCACCUCACCGCACCCGCGGCGCGGCGUUGUGUGGCUCGCGAGUCAAACCCGCAGAUGGUGGGCUGGUGGCCAAACGGCGUGUGCGCGCCCCUGAUAUGACCGAAUUACCUCCCGCGUGUUCGGCUGCUCACAGCUGUGCGGAAACAGGAAAAAACGGAAAUUUCGUUUCGAUCACGCCCGGAGCAGUGGCUACCAAGAAUUCCUAA